GUCUCUGGGAACUGCUUUCAUUUCAAUCAAUGCUGUCAGGUCUAAAUGUAAUGAGAGAGGGAAGAGAGAGAGAGAGGGGGUUGAGAGAAAGAAGUGGAAAGUUCACUUUGUUUUGCCUGGGAUCUGUGCGCCAUACCCUUACAGCCCAAGACAAAACGCUCUUUCCAGGACGUUUCAAACUUCAUUGAACUUUGACAGAAGCUAGAGAACGCGCUGGGAGUGCGAUGGGUCACUGAGCAGUGUGUUCAGAAGUCUUGUGGAUUACUGUCGGCCCACACCCCUUGGAGAGACAGAGAGACAGAGAGACAGGGAGAGGGGUCUCGGGGGAGCUCUGAAUGAGCACCGACCCACGCCGUUCGGAAUGGGGAUUCAAGGCAUGGAGAUCCUCGCGGUGGGGGUGGUCCUCUUUAUGUUCAUGGCUGUCCUCAAGCAGUUUGGGGUCCUUGAACCUAUGGAAGACAGCAGUGAAAGUGAUCUGGAGCUGUCGACAGUGAGGCACCAGCCAGAGGGUCUGGAUCAGCUGCAGGCGCAGACCAAAUUCACCAAGAAGGAGCUGCAGUCUCUGUACCGGGGCUUCAAAAACGAGUGCCCCAGCGGUCUGGUGGAUGAGGAGACCUUCAAGAUGAUCUACUCUCAGUUCUUCCCGCAAGGAGACGCCACCACCUACGCUCACUUCCUGUUCAAUGCCUUUGACAUCGACAGGACCGGCUCCAUCCGCUUCGAGGACUUUGUCAUCGGACUCUCAGUGCUGCUUCGAGGCUCAGUCCACGAGAAACUCAAAUGGGCCUUCAACCUCUAUGACAUCAACAAGGAUGGCUACAUCACCAAGGAGGAGAUGCUGGCGAUCAUGAAGUCCAUCUACGACAUGAUGGGGAACUACACGUACCCCUCGGUGAGAGAGGACACUCCCUUUGAGCACGUCGAGAAGUUCUUCCAGAAGAUGGACAGAAACCAGGAUGGAGUCGUGACCAUUGAUGAGUUCAUGGAGACUUGUCAAAAGGAUGACAACAUCAUGAGCUCCAUGCAGCUGUUCGAGAAUGUGAUCUAGAACUACCCGGAAUGAUCUAGAACGUCUGCACCCAUCGUGUACCGUCACUCACCCACCCACCCACCUAUUUCUGUGUCAGCAACUUUUUCUAUAGAAAUUAUAUUAUACACACACACAAACAAGAUGUACACUACCUACAGAGACGAGUAACGAAACUCUUGAAAGAAAAAUGGACCAGUUCUACAAUAAUAAUAAUAAUAAUAAAAUAAAACAAGAACUUGACAGUAUAAGAUUGCCAGGAAAAGAACAGUAAUACAGUAGGCCUCAACUCAAGCCUCACACUUGGAUGUCCUUCAGCUACAUACUUACGGGAGGUAGCCGAGAGGAAAUCAUCCUCUCUCUGCGCACACAAAAGAGCACAACACACCACAUCCAGAGAAGGAGGGAGAGAGAAAGAGGGAAAAAAAUAAGAUCAUCCCCCCUCCCCCCCCUUCGGACCACCAGGAUUCUCAAGCACUCGUGCGAACUCCUGCUCGGAAACGGAGAGAUUUACCAGCGUCUCACUGAAAUCAGAGACGGGAAACCACCAUUUCACAGCACCAGGACUUUGCUUGAUUCUGAAGUGAAGAUGAUGCUUACAAUUAUGAUGACAAUAUUAUUAACAACAAUUCACUAUAAUUCCUUUACUUCUGAGAGAGCACAGAGGUUUUGUUUUAUUUUUUACCUGACGUCUUGAUUUCUGGUAUGUAUGGUACAGUACUGAUUCAUUUAGUUGGGAUUUGGGUGGGUAUGUCAUGGACCCCCAUUGUAACCCCCUUCUCUGAACCCACUGGGCUAAGAUAAGUCAUAUCUUGGUGGGCGCUCCCAGGGGGCGCCACCUGAGUGGGGAGGGCUUACAUUGGCCAGGGUGUUGUCAGCUCACCGCGCACCAGCGCCCCCUGUAGACUGGCCGGGCGCCUGCGGGCUUGCCUGGAGCAGCCUAGAGCUGCGUGGUCCUCCAACACUGUAGGAGGGAGGACUGGCCCCCAGGAGUCUGCAGUCUUCUUAUUCUUCCUGACCGUGUUAACCCUCAUAUGCAUUGAAUGUCAUUUAACUAUUUUUCUCCAUGCUUUUGGACACUGCAUGUUGACAGGAGCAGUUUAAAUACAUUUGCCCAGCGGAGUUCGAUGCGGUCCUGUUGUUUAUGUAUUUUCUUACUCCUGUCCCAUAGUAAUAUGACAACAUCCGUGUAAUUCCCUGCGCAGCUGUGGUCGGCCCAUCUCUCACAGUGCCCCGUGUUGAGGGGUGCCCGCAUUGACGGCAGUGUUGCCCCUCUAGGGCAGCCAGUCUCACAGCUGCAGAGCGCUUCAGCUCCAGACUCUCUCCCCUCCCUCGCUGCUGAAAACGCCACGAAACAAGCUCCUCCCCCUCCACCAUUCCAUUUAAUUCAUUUAUUUAUUUGAAAUUGUAUUUAUUUAAAAGGAAUUCAUAAAGGCAGGCAUGUUGAGAAGUUGCAUGGGGAGACUCGUAGUUAGUAGCCUUAAGCAAAGUGAAAAAAAAUAUAUAAUCAGUUUGUAUGUAGUGUUUAUCAAAAUAAAAAAUUUGGAACACAAAUGCGAUGCAAAUAACAGAUACAGUCCCUGGCCAACUGUGAAAGCGAUCUCAAGCUAUUCCGAGCACAGUUAUAACUAUUACUAUUUAUAUAUUUCAAUUGCAGCUUGAAGAACCAAACAAAAACAACUCAGUCCGAGUUUUAAAGCUUGCACUCAUGUAUCUUCAGCACUGAAUGAGACCCCCCCCAACCCUGUUCUCCCAUUCGCUGAGGUCAAUUUAUCUAUGCCUGAAUAUUUUAAUAAAAUAAAAAAAAAGCAGAAAACACAGAAAUAAAUUCUUUUUCAAUAGA